GGAAGUUCCAGCUCAUCCGGUGGCUGUGCGGCGAGGACGUGGGGUUGUUCCCCACGCGCAUGGGAUGGGAGCGCGAGGUGCGCUUCAUGAUGACGGCCCCGAUGAAUUCCAUGGCGAGCAACAUGGGUGGGAGGACCGCCCGCAUCUUCAGCGAGCUCGGGAUUGAUCUCAUCACGGGAGUCCAGUCAGGCGGGAAGAAGGACCCGGGGCUGUUUGAGAAUUUGCUUCGCACGAAAAUCCAGCACAUGCGCUGGCUUAUCAUCGACGAGAUCGAGAGCGCGUCAGUGGAGCUGCUGGACGCCGUGCGCAGGCAGGUGAAGGACUCGCGGCCAGCCAACGUCGGCCGCAUACUGGAGGUGUUCUGGACAGAGGGCUUGCCGCGCUCAGCAAUUCGCCGCAAGGCGCUGAGCCAGUCGCACCGCUGCUCCGACCCGUGGUGGACGAGCUUCUUCGCAGAUGCGCGCGCGCGGGGGAUCUGUCGGACAGGAUGCGCGACUUCGUCCGCGGCUUCCCCGCGGACGCGCCGGGCUCGCGGAUGCCCAAGCCCCAGCAGCGCCGAGGCCCCGACGGGGCACCUCGGCUGCGGGAAGGCGAAGCGCCGCGCGCUCUGGUCAGUUGAGUGGCCACGGAUGUUCGGAGAGGGUCGGCCCUGGGAAGACGUGCGACCUCUGGGGCGCGCUGAUUGCAGCGUGGAACGCCGUCGGCGCUGCCGCGUCGCUUCCCAGAGCGAUGCCAGACAGUGGGAGGUGAGUGCGGCGUUCGCGGACGCGCCGUUUGCGCGCCCGUACAUCGCCCCGAAGAGCAGGAUUUCGACGUUGCGAGCGUCGUGUGCGGCAGCCAACGCGGGGAAGCAGGUCCGCUGGGUGGUGGCGCGCGACGCCCCUCUCACUCGGGGCGACGGAUGCAGGUCGAAGGGGCCCCUCGCCCGCGCCGGGCAGAGCUGGCUCAUGUACCCGGAGAACAAGGCUGGCGAAGUCCCGGGCGCGCUGCCGAUCGAAGGGGCGCGAGCGCGGCUCGCGACCACGGGGGAUGCUGAGGCGGGGGCCUCCAAACACUCCUGGGGAACCGUGGCGGCCUGGGCCCUCCAUCCCGACGAUUCGAAGUUGGCGAGCGAGCGCAGGUCCGAGCCGCCCGCGGGUGUCUUCCCGGCGAAGCUGAAGGCGGCGACGUGGGAUCGCAGCCCCAGCUUCAAGACCGCGGUGAAGCGCGCGGGGCCCCCGCUGGCCCCGCACUUCGCCGCCGCGGCCCACUGCGUCACUGGCGCGACUUUGCCGCGGGUCAUCGCCGACCUCCUGGGCGCCCGCGCGACGCCCCGUGCGCCCAUGGUGCCAGUGGUCUACGUUGUGAUUACCCAGCGUUUUUCCCCCAUGCGGUUCCGCCGGGGGCAUCAGACGGGCCCGCGGUUCCUGCGCCCCCUCACCGCAGGUGACAUGACAACCGAACAGACGCGAGCUGGCUGGGCCAAGGCAGGGAAGGAAGCCACUUCCAGGUCGUCGAAGAAUUUGGUGGACGUCACGUUCAAGUGGGCCGACUGCCACCAACGGGAGCGGGGAACUUCCUUGGACAUGGCGCGAGAACGGACGAUCCUGCGGAGCACGCCAUGGCGGCGCUGA